AAGAAAUCAUUAGUUUCCGGUUUGGCUGCCAUUUUGUUUUCCCUUCUUCAAGGGUACUGUCAGCAGUAGAGCGGUUACAGGCAUUGGAAGAGGGACGAAGUGUUAACAAUGUUUCGUUUUGCUAAAGCAGCAGCCAGCGUCGCCGCCCGUGGGACCCACCAGGUCGCAGUGCGACAUCAGACCAACGGCCCCAACUUCCACAGACAGUAUGGCAAUGCCCUGCUCAUCUCGGGAGCUCUCUUCUGCGCCGGAGUCUGGGGAUACGUGUUGACACAAACUGGCAUUACCUGGAACCUGUCCCCAAUUGGCAAAGUUACCCCCAAACCGUGGAGGGAGUAAUGGAGAAGCCGGCUUCAACAUCCUGUGGAAAGGAAUACAGAACUGUUCUGCUUGAAUUUGUUCCUUACCUGGUUUUCUUGUCAUAUUGGCAUAACGUGUGUAAUAAAUGAAAUAAUCUAG